AUGCGACUCCCUAUGCUACCACGGGUAGUAGUUGCGUUAUUUGUAUUCGCACAAUUCGGUUUAUCUCAUAACAGUCCGAGUGUGGUGGAGCUGGAUCCAGGUAAGGAAAGUAACUCUGGCCUGCUGCAAGAGGUGCUGGAUCCACUAGGUCGGAUAUCAGCUCAGGAUAGUAACGCCGAAUACAAGCCCAUAUGUCGACCUACCGGGCAGAUUCAAGAUGCGUGCUCAGAUUAUGAAAGCGUUGAGGAGUGGAAUGCGCGACAUAUUUUUCAUCGUCUGGACAAAUUGCGUCAGACGAAGUACUUUCGGUACUUUGUGGUGGACCUGUUCAGGGAAUGUCCUUUUUGGCGAGAAGAUCAGCUGUGUAUAAACAGGGCGUGUACAGUCGAGCGUAUGCAAGAUAUGCCGGAAGAGUUCCGGUCUUACCGAUUAAGUCAAUUGGAACGCUCUGCGGAGGAUAUUGACUUGGAUGCGGAUAAGACCCAGUUUUGUCAGUUGGAUGACCAGGAUAUGACGGAGGAUGCCAUAUUUGUUGACCUGAUGAAAAAUCCUGAGCGAUUCACGGGCUAUGCUGGGGCGAGUGCCAAUCGUGUGUGGCGAAGCAUUUAUGAGGAGAAUUGCUUUGGCGGUGUCAAAUGGACGGAGCCGCCUCGUCAGAAUUCGGGCGACACGUCUCGGUUCCCCAUGCAAAAGCAGAUGUUGGGCACGCUCAAGGGGGUCCCUGCUACGCUGCUCAAUCCUGAUCACCCGCCCACGAAGAGUGGCUCGCUUGAGUCGCUGAUUGACUCGGUCAAAUCACCCGUCGACCCGGCGUCGACAGAGCAGUGCCUGGAAAAGCGGGUCUUUUACCGUGUGAUAUCGGGUCUGCAUGCAUCCAUCUCUAUCCACAUUUGCAACGAGUACCUCGACCCCGAUACCAAGACCUGGGGCCCAGACUUGGGCUGCUUUAUUACGCGUAUUUCGCAGCAUCCAGAGCGACUGCAAAAUGUGUACUUUAAUUAUGUGCUGCUGAUGCGAGCGUUGUCCAAGGCAGGUGAGUACUUGGAGAAGUUUUCGAUGCGGAAGGGCGAUGAGAUUGUGGACGAAGAGUCGAGAAGGCAGCUCAAUGAGUUGUUGCAGGUGGCUCGACAGGGCCGCCCCUCAUUUGAUGAGCACAAGCUCUUUGAGCUGAAUGAUGAUCCGCUGCACAACUAUGAGACGUUGGCGCUCAAGGAGGACUUCCGUCUCCACUUCCGCAACAUUUCGCGGAUUAUGGACUGUGUGGGGUGCGACAAGUGCCGAUUGUGGGGCAAGGUGCAGGUGACAGGUUUAGGUACGGCACUGCGGCUUCUAUUUGCCUUUGAGGCGACGGAGGACCAGCCCCAUAUUGUGUUAGGACGCAAUGAAUUGGUCGCGCUGAUCAACACGGCGCACCGCAUCUCGGAGAGCAUCCAAGCGAUUGAGACGUUCCGCACGAUGUACCAGGAAACGGCGAUGCCUAACAGCCGCAAGAAGACGUCUUCGUACGCAUCUGCUGUGUAUGACUAUGUGACAAGGACGUGGGGCGCCGCCUUCCAAGCGCUCCGCACUCUCGUAGCGGGCCUAGCGGCCGAGGACUUGUAG